AUGCGGCUGACGACACAAUCAAUGUACACGCUGCGCGAGGGGCUGAAGCUCAACGAGCUUGUUCGGGUAACGGUGCAGGUGAGGCACAAGGACAACGCCAACAAGCAGGACAACCAGUGCUUCUCGCACGAGGGCCAGUCAUCGUACCACUGGAGCGAGUAUGAUUCCGGAGUGUUUCUUGUCAACUGCCCUGCGCCCGUGUGCGCGCACGACACGGUUCCGCGCGUGUACCGGGUGAACCCCGGGUGUGGGCUGGACGCGGAUGCAAGCACGGUUGAGGUUGGCGUGUGGAUUGACCCAACGUAUGGUGAUGAUGCGCGGGCGACGUGCGCGUUCUGGCGGCCGACGAGCGACGGCUCCUCGUGGCAGUGCACGUGGCACGGGUGCUAUGCGCCGGCGACGGUGGACGUGGACAGGAACGUCAUCACCUGCGAGGUGCCAAACGGCAUGCCGGCGAGCGGGCCUGUGCGCAUCACCGUGCAGGUGUGGCACGCCAACAACGAGGACAAGCAGGACAACCAGUGCUUCUCGCACGAGGGCCAGUCGCCAUCCCAGUGGGAGGCGUACGACUACGCGGUGCUUGAGAUUCGGUGCCCUGCGCCGGAGUGCCGGCCGCAGUAUGUGCCGCGGGUGUUUGAAGUCGAGCCUGCAUGCGGGUUGGCGGAGGAUGCGGAGACAGUUGAUGUGUCUGUGGCCAUUGAUCCAUCGUAUGGCGUGCAUGCGCGGGCAACGUGCGGGUUCUGGGUGGAGGAUCCGACAACUGGCGCGCUGUCGUGCACGUGGCACGGGUGCUAUGCGGAGGCUGCGGUGAGCAGCAAUGGCGACACCAUCACCUGCGCUGUGCCGGAUGGGCUGCCGCGCAACAUGACCGUGUACGUCACUGUGCAGGUGUGGCACCGCGACAACGAAGACAAGCAGGACAACCAGUGCUUCUCGCACGAGGGCCAGUCGCCGUCGCAGUGGGAUCUGCGUGACUACGGCGUGGUUGAGCCGAGCUGCGUGUGCCCGCGCGGUGUGCCGCAGGUGGACUGCCCUGACGACCUGUGCAGCGACCGGCGCUGCCUCGCGUAUCCGGAUGCCGUGUGUGUUGUGAGCAACUGCGGCCGCUGCUCUGUCGACUUCUACGACGCCGUGUACGACUCGUACGAUGAUGUGAACUCACUUGAUUGCUCGCUGCGUGACCGGUGCACUGGAGAGUGCCAGGACAAGUUUGAUGCGUGCAUGCGCUACGGCCCAUGCCGUGAGGCGCUGUACGAGCUGGUGAAGCAGCGCCAACGCAACGGUGCAUGCGACGAGGCUUGCUACGAUGGCAUCACUGUCCCCACCCGCCGGGCGCAGAUUCUGCUCCAAGCCAUCUGGUCGUGCUACUGGAAGUGUGAUGCCGGGAGCUACACGUACCAGCCAGUGUGUGCGCAGCCUGCGCUUCCUGGACCGUGCAAGGCCAGCAUUGGGCGGUGGUACUUUGACAAGCCGACGCAGCAGUGCCAGCAGUUUACGUACGGUGGAUGCGGUGGCAACAGCAACAACUUUGAGAGCAGGGAGGCGUGUGAGCAGCGCUGUGCUGUUGGCGCCUGCUGCACCCGGCGCAUGGAGCCCACCAACGGCGGUGGCUAUGGCUAUGGCUACGAUCGCAGUGGCUACGACCGCUACGGCUACAACAGAACAGGCUAUGCACGGGAUGGCUUCUCGUUGCGAGCCCUGACAUAUGCACCGUUCACUCGGAACAGCUACGAUGCGUAUGGGCUGGAUGAGCGUGGAUAUGACACGCGGGGCCGAGACGGGUACGGGUUCAACAUCCGCGGGUACUCUGAGACGUACAGCCGUGACGGGCAGCAGUUUGGCUACCUGGCCGACGAGCAGUACGACGCCACUGGGCGAGACCGCGCAGGGCUGGACCGGUCCGGGUACGACCGGGACGGAUACGGGUACGACGGCACGUACCAGGGCGCAGAGUUCUCGUGCCAGCAGAUGACGCGCAGUGCGUGCCAGGCCCUGGAGACCGGAGACGGGCAGGUUGAGGUGGUGUCGUUUGCGCAGGGCAAGACGUGCAAGGAGCGGCGGUGCGGCAACCCCAAGUGGGAGGCGCCGCGGCAGUGCGUGUAUGGCGGGCAGCGGUACGACUUUGGAGAGACGUUUACGUUUGGGUGCCAGACGUGCUUCUGUGCAACCGACGGCAGCGUGUCGUGCGAGUGCAGCGCUGUGACGACGCGGCGGGAGAUCCGCGACAUGACGGUUGAAGAAGUGCAGGCGUUCACGGACGCCGUUGUGCUGCUGGAGCAGAGCAACAUGUGGUCGGCGUUUGCCAACACGCACCUUGGUGCUGUGCCGCAGGCGCACGGCAACCCUGCGUUCUGGCCGUGGCACCGCGAGUUUUUGAAGCAGCUUGAGCUGACGCUGCGGGAGGUGAGCGGUAACUGCAACGUGACCAUCCCGUACUGGGACUGGACGAUUGAUGCGCUGUCGCCGGAGACGUCGCCCGUGUGGAACGUUGUUGGCGGCAAUGGCAACGGCGUGGACCAGUGUGUGACGGACGGCCCCUUUGCCGGGUUUUCGCCGUGCAUUGAGCGCAACUGGGCGCUGGGCUGGGCGAUGCCGUCGUUUGCGGAAAUUGCCGGCAUUCUCGCGGGCACAGACUACUCGACGGUUGUAGCUGAGAUUGAGGCGCGCCACGGCGACGUGCAUGUGUUUGUGGGCGGCACAAUGGCGACGUAUUCUUCGCCGUAUGACCCGCUGUUCUUCCUGCACCACGCGUUUGUGGACAAGCUGUGGUACGACUGGCAGGUGACGCUUGGCAACGGCAACCAGUAUCCUGCAUCCAUGCUGCACAUGACGCUUGAUCCGUUUGCCAAGACUGCCGCGGAGGUGCUUGACAGCGAGGCCCAGCUGUGCGUGGUGUAUGCUGCGCCCGGACAGAGCCCGCCAUGCAACGAGACGGCGUAUGGCGGCACGCCUGGGACGGAGGGCUACUACGUGAACACGACGCGGCCGCAAUACAACCGCGACGGCUACGACAGCAACGGCCGCGACGUGUAUGGGCGCGACCGGUACGGGCGUGGCGCUGACGGCGAGUAUGUGGACGUGCCUGUGGACGCGAACAACAUGUACGGCUCUGACCGGUAUGGCUUUGACGUGCGCGGGUACGAUGCGUAUGGGUUUGAUGAGAACGGGCUGGACGAGCGCGGGUGCGGAACGGGCUCUGGCGCGCCGCUGUACAUGCGUGAUGUGUACCGCGUGCAGCGUGGAGUGUAUGAGCGCAUCCAGAACAGGACGUAUCAACCGCCCACCCGCACCUGCCGGCCACUGCAGCCGCUGCCAACAUGGUGGAGGAACAUCAACUGGAUGCGACGUGGCGAUGAGUACCAGGCCGUGAUCGAUGCAUAUGAGUUGAAAGUCCAGGCCACAUAUGACGCUAAGUCUGGACAGACGUACCGGAACGAGUACGCGCGGCGGCCACAGUCGUAUGCGCUGCAGGACCUGUGCUUUGAUGCUGGGGAGUAUGUGCCCAGGCCAUCGGACGAUGUGCCUGGCGACAGCUACCAGUGCCCACCUGGCGUGGUUGCGUAUGCGUGCCUGCGGGAUCCGUGCGAGGACGCGACGUGCCCUGGCGAUCCGACGGCCACGUGCCGGGCGAACACGUGCGGUGGGUGCCGGGCCGAGUUUUACGUUGGCGAUGGCACGCGUGCGCAGUGUCACCGCCCGUGUGCGAGCGCGUACACGUGCGACUACAACCCGUGUGCGCAGGCGACGUGCGAGGCGCACCCGGAUGCGGUGUGCGAGUUCAACCCGUGCUACGGGUGCAACGCGGUGUGGGUGAAUGCGACGACGGGCGAGAGCGUGGAGUGCGAGGUUGAGCCGGACCCGUGCGUGUCGUAUGGGGAGUCAUUUGUGUGCGGCGUUGAUGGGCAGACGUACGACAACGUGUGCUAUGCACGCUCGGCCGGGGUUGAGGUUGCUUAUGGCGGUGUGUGUGUGUCGUGCGAGGAGCGGUGCCCCGAGUACGGCGCGAUGGAGGCGUGUGGCGAGGACGGCACCACAUAUCCCUCUGUGUGCCACGCCCGCUGCGCCAACGUCAAGGUCGUGUACCCUGGCGAGUGCCAGCCGCCACCUGAAACGUGUGAGGAUGUUAAUUCAUUCAAGGGCAGUGAUGAGUUUAGGCAGAGCCUGUGCAACCAGCAGACGUCGUGUUUGUCGAGGGCGUACCGUGACACGGACAACCGGUGCUUCUGGAACACGGAGACGCGCAAGUGCAGCUGCGAAUCAUCGCAGCUUGUGUGCACCGCUGGUCGCGAGUCCUGUCUUGCGUGCUGCAAUAACGAUCUGCGCCUCUGCCUGCGUGCCGGUGCUGGGCCUGUGACGCGGUGCUGGGACAACUACCUGGCGUGCAAGCUCGAUUGUUCCUCCACCUUUACCGUUGAGGUUGAUGUAUCCAUUGUUGUUGAGGUUCGCUUCUCCAUCAUGGUGACUGCGUCGUUGAGCCGCCGCCUGGACGCGAACCAGCUUGCGGAGGCCGUGAGCCUGGCUGCCGGUGUUGUGAACCUGCUUCCUGCCAACGUGAGCGUGCGCAGCGUGACGUCUGCGUCGGUGGAGGUGGGCCGCGGCCGCCGUGCAGAGGGUGACAUUUCGCUGGAUGUUGGUGUGAUGACAACGGACGCCAACAUGACGAGUCAGGCGAUUGAGGACUCGUUUACGCAAGGCACGCUGGCGGAGCAGAUGGCGUCUCAGACGGGCUCUGCGAGCGACGAGGAUCUCGCGCUGCUUGGCGGUCUUGCUGUUGUGAACCCACAGGCGACGGAGCCGCCAAGCUCGAGCACGCUUCCACCUGGAGGCAACAACGGCGGGCCGACGAAUGAGCCACCUGUUUCGACGACGGAUGACGGAAGGCAGGGCGGCUCUGAUGACUCGACUGGUCUUGGCGGCGGCGCGAUUGCUGGUAUUCUAGCGGCGAUUGGUGUCACCGUCCUUUUGGUGGCCAUUGCCCUUCAUCAGCGUGCUGAGAAGAAGAAGCGCGAGCAGUCAUAUGCCGUUGUUUCCACUGCCUAA